AUGUGAAUGUUACUACUUGCAUAAGCAUGCACUCGUCUAAAACGGAGCACAUAGCCCUAAUUGCUAAUUAUUUCAAGUAACGGAAAUAUAAUAUAUUGCUGUAUUACUCGUACCAAAUAGUUUAUUUACGAGGGUUUUAUAUUUCGAUAUGUAAAUCCAUAAAUGGUUUCGUGGGAUCGGUUGUGCACCAACUAGAUAUCUUCUGCUAAAAUAUAACUAAGUAUGAUAGAUAAGCUGGAUCUCUUUGGAAUGGCUGCUUUAGAACAUAUUGAUAUGUCUAUAGUUAUAUUGUAUAUAUAUAUAAAACAAGUCGGCUGAGAAAAUAUAUCGAUUUAUACCACUCUUUUUUUUUAUCAUUUGUAGAGUCUCCGUUAUUUAGGAACUCCAUUAUUGGUAAAUUAUAAACCAUAGACAUUUAUGAAAAAUUGCCCGAUGGUGGUUUAGCGUAUUAGAGUUUAAUAUACAAAAUAUCUACAUUUAUGUGUUUGUAUGAAACUGUAUUCGUAUGCCUGACCUAAAAGUCGUUUCCCUUAGGUCGAAAAAAAGUUUAUUCACUUUCCAAAGCAGCGGAUGCUCUCCCAAACCACAGUGAAAUGCUCCAAACCGUUUCCAUGACGACGCUGAAUGUUUUCGCAGUACGUUUGAAGCGCGGUACUCUCAUCAAGGGCAUUACUUGUAUUUAUUAAAGGGCGGGAGAAAUAUGGCCCACUUAAAAUCAAAUUCUGAAUUAAGUCGAACGGACGAGUAUAGUUCACUAUAUUGUAGGUUGUUCCUUAGGAGUUUACGUCAAGUGAUCACCGAUAGACAUGUUUAGUGUUCGUCGUAGGUAAAUACCCCUUGUUAUCGACCUUUCUUCCAAUGAUUUUAGUCAUUACAUACAGGGAACUACUCAAUUUUUCUGAAACCUUCGCUUUGAACUGAGCGAUAUCUGUAAACAGUUUAAUUCAUUAUGUUGCUGCGUAUGCAAGAAAAGUUGUUCGUUAUCUCUUUUUCAUAAAGAAUAGUGUGUAAUCGCGAUCGAAUUUGGAAGGUCAAACCUUUGAAUUAACAAUACUCCCAGAUGCCGAAAAAUGAAUAUAAAUAGGAGCUCAAUGUGCCUAACGAACACGGUAAUGUGGAAAGAGAGAGGAGAAAAAACCCAACUGGCCGAGUAAGGAGAAAGGAUGACCUGUGGUGAUGUCAGGAGGAACUGUCGACAUCGAAAUCGCAACAGCAUCACCAUCUGCGUAAACAGCUCCUCUGGUGAUUGUGCCACCGCUGAACUGCGGCGUUUGAGUGGUCGACACCUCUGGGGACCGACCUCAGACGGCAUCGUCAUUAUCGUUAUAGUGAAUGCCACUUCACCGUUUCUCCUAAUGCAGUCGCUGCCGACCGAUCGUGCUCCUAGACUGUCGUCAACUAGACGGCUACGUUUUUCUAUACAUAAUAGCAACUGAAGCACACUAGCACAAAAACUACCGUCUAUCGCUGCUCCAAUGACGCUCGUAGUAGUAAUAAUUGUGGCGAUGUUGGUAUUGGCUUAUGCCGGCAGUAGUAGCUAUUCAUGGUGGUUUGUUGUUGUCGUUGAUCGCCGGAACGCCGUCCGUGGCAAUAAGUGGUUGUUCUUGAUACAGCUGCUGCCCGUCGGUGUUCACUCGUAACUCGUAUUCGUAGCACGUCGUCGCCUUUCGUUGUUCUACCAUGUAGUGCCGCAAGCAGCGCCAUCGCGUUGCCGUUUCGUGCUACGAAAUGUCGUUGUGUUGGUGUCUAUGCUUAACGAUCGAGGGGCGAGGGGAGUGAGGAGGCGGGUCGUAGUAGCAGCAAUCGCAAGAGCAGAACGGAAUUGCCACAACAGCAGAAGCUAGCGCGGCACGACAACAGGUGAGCCGGACAGGCCAACGCCAAAAGCAUCUGACGUCCGUCACAAUCGGGACUAUAUGACUACUAUCUGGCUACCACCAGCGCCACGAUAGUCAUCCCGUUUGUCCGACGAACAUCAGGCAAAGACUCACAGCGCGCGGCGCAAUGAUUAUCCAAGGAAACAACCCAGCCUAAAGUCAACCCACAAAAGUUGACAAAAAGCAGCAGCACCAGAAGGGCACAAAAUAACUCGCAAAGGUUAUAUAAUAGACUGUGUAGCAGACAUAUUGUAUCGUAUGCAGAAGCACAUGGACUGCUGUUGUGAAUGUGUUUGUUCACUGCCAGUUCGAAAGCCGAUUACAUCUAGGCGUCACUAUUUUCAUGCUGCUGUGCAACUAGCCCAUAUACUCGUUAAGAGGACAAAUCUUCGUCAUAUGUGUGCAUCGUGUAACCUUUUCGAUGGUGUCGUGCUCCUAUUAGUUGAUGCGCACGCGCAUGUCGGGUCUACUAUACGCUUUUCCGCCAUUGGCACUAAACUGUCAAAGUAUCUCGAAAGAUAUCAGUGUGUAUAAGUAUACAUUAAUCGAUGCAAUGAAUAAGGCGGAAGUGAAGAAGGGUUCUGUUCGUUAACUGGAGCUGGAGCUCGUUUUUUGGGGGGGCGCAUAUUUCAAACGUUUUGUCCACCGAUACAGAGAAUAAGUUAACGAUUGUCGGCGGCACAAGUGCCAGCAUACCGAAUAACUAACAAAGUCUAAUACACAAACCGUGGCGUUCUUGUGAAAUUCUGCGGCGGUUCGUGGCUGAUAACGAAUCCCCUAUGGAGUGAGUAAAUUUGGUUUGCGAGAAUUUCGAAUUUCUGUACAUACAUAUAUGCAAACGACGGCAUGUGUACAGGAGACGAAAAUCAAUAUUGGCAUAUAUGAUUGCUCUAGUUUUUUCAGUUAGGCAUUUACAAAGAUCGUUUAGAAGGAUUUUCUCAGAUAUGUAAAACUUGAACGGUUUUGCAUUUUCUUUAGAUCAGCUAAACUGAUCUUGUAGGAGAAGGGCGGGCGAUUUGCCUGGUGAGUUGUGUCAGUGGAGACGUUCUAUCGGCUAUCUUCGAAUGGACGGGUGACGUACGAUAGUAAAGACGGCAAAAAUGAAAAAUGGUGUACAUAGCUAUACAGCUAAAGAGCAAAUUAAGGCUGAACUCUUUCAGGGGGGUAUGCCAUUCAUAGAACCAGCAACCCGAAGUACAGGUUUUCAUCUUCGAAGAAAUCGCUCUGGAAAACCUACCUUCAGUUCGGCUAUCGACAUGUCGCUACGCCACACAAUCACAUGUAGUGAAAGAUAUGUUACGCAAUCAUCAUUUAUGAAUACAAAAAGAAUGGCGACCAAUACUCUUUCAAGUGCGCGUGUGCCUAAUGCAGCGUUUUGUCUUGCGCAUAGGCGGGAAAACCGAUGGCGUUUAUUUCAAACUCUAUUCGUAACGGUACUAUUGCAUGUGGUUACGAUGGGACCAUUUUUAACUUUGGGAUGUGAUGCAUUGGAAGUGCGAAACCGUACAAUGGAGUAUCCUAAGUCGGACACGGAAUAUCGCAUUCAGGACAAUAUUAUUGUUGGCCAGGGCGGAAUUAUGAUUGUGCAUCCAGGAGUGAGUCUCUACUUUGAGCCAGGCAUUGGUAUCAACGUCGAAGAAGGUGGAGUUAUCAUUGCAAAUGGCACCGUAGAAGAUCCUAUACUACUAACAUCUCGAAACGACCCACUGUCUGCCUUUUCUCGGCUUGAAAAUCGCGAAUGGCCCGACGCUCGACUAGUGGAUGGCGACGCACCCAACAAGGGGCGUUUACAGGUGCGCUACAAGUCACGGUGGAUGUCCGUUUGCACCAACUCGAAAAAUUGGACAUUAGAUGACCUGUCGGUGGUCUGUCGUCACCUAGGAUUUGGAGGUGGUGCUAUUUAUCGCUGGUUCGAAAAAUACAAUUAUACGGAGCAGCUAUCGCUUCAGAAUCCCCGAUGCACGGGUCAGGAACGCCGGUUAGAGGCCUGCGAAGGAUGGGAUUCUCGUCUUGUAGGAAGCGGAAUCUGCGAAUAUCAUCUGGACGUUGGCAUACAAUGUUCAUUGAAACUUGGCCCAGACACUGCAUCCCAUUGGAAAGGAUUAAACUUCGAUCGGGCCCGAGCAUCUCGGAGAAAGAGAUACCAAAAUCGAGUUGAUAGGCUCAUUUCUAAAUCGGUUUUGAGCAAUGUCGUAAUACGUCACGCUGGCCGCGAUCGGUUCGGUCAGGCAGUACCAAGCCUACACGUUCAACGUGGCAGUCCACCUGUUAUGUCAGGAGUCAUUGUUGAGGGUUCGGCUUACACUGCUGUGAACAUUUCCAACCCAGACGAUUCCUUUAUUAUUCAGGAUGCAAAGCUUUUAAACAACCGAGGACCGGGCCUGUUUAUAAACUCAAGCCAUCUUCAGAUUCAUUUACGUGGUUUGGUAUCUGCAUACAAUGGAGCAGACGGAAUUCAUUAUGUGCACCAUGACUUUCCUGUGUUUUCAUCAGAGAGUUUCUGCUCAUCACCCAUGGGCACCGUAUUUCCUCUCAAGUUUGUACAGAUCUCUACGGACGUUUCCCAUGGAUGCGAAAGGACAAUUACAAUACCUCAACAUCAGAGGAAUAAGAACGAGGAACUCACCUUGGUAUUUAAAGAUUUCCGUCGCAUACCGCUUGAUUGGGACGAAAAACUCAAAGAUUAUUAUAACAGACAAAGCCCCGAUGUAGUGGAUCCAACGGUUAGCGUUUACGAUGGUCCAAGACAAUACGAAGAGUUCCUUUUGGGCACAUUUGUAAUUAACAAUUACACUCGACCACAAACAUUUUCUUCGAAACGGGGAUACCAAGAAUUAACCGUGGUUCACCGCGCGGCAUCGAUGAUUGCUGCAACAUUCUCAUUGGAAGUCUAUCUUGAGCAAGGCAAAGUAUUCGACAUCAAUUGUACGAACUGUGAACUCUCUAAUAACAACGGGCGAGGAAUUUUGGCGCGCGAAAUCGUAUCUGGUGUGGCUUUGAGGAAGUCCCGCGUAGCAGGGAACAAUCAUGUGGCCGGUGUACAUGUACACGAUGGCGCUGGAGAUAUCAUCCUCAAUAUGACUACAGUGGAGAACAAUAUCGGUGACGGAAUUAAUGUAACGUACGCCGGAGGCUAUCGCCAUUUCGAUCGAUGCACUAUACAGAACAACACAAUGAAUGGCAUCAUACUCAAUACGAACCAUACCAGUUUAUACAUUCCGUUCAAUUAUACUGUACACGUGAGCCGUUCAUCAUUAAGCCGUAAUGGGUGGGCUGGCGUUUUUUUUGGUAAUAGCUGCUUAGCUGACGCAUUGUGGAACGUUUCAAUGUCAUCUUUUAGCAAUAACGGAGAUGCUGGAGUGUACUUUGAGUCUUGCCAUCUGACCAAGUUUAACAGUUUCCUGUACAUUACGCACAACAAGUUUUUUACAUCAAAGUAUCUGUCUAUAAAAGUCAAACCGUUGUUGAAUACAUACGCGUUUGUCGAAAACAACGUAUUCCAAGACCACCUAAAUGGCGCUCUGCUUAUCUCAAAUCAAGACGUCAACUGGAGUUACGCAAACAGAAGAGCGUACGGAAUUGUCAAAGAGAAUUGGUUCCGGAAUAAUCGAGGCAGCUACGUGGCAAAGGUGGGUGUAAUGCAGGAAUCGAACGUACAGGAGCUCCUUUUCACUAACAACGUGCUUGAGCAGAAUCGAGUUUCGGAACUCUUCCCAGCUUUGCGGCCCCGCAGCCGAGUGGCAGCUGUUGUAGCUGUUGAGUCAAACAAUACUGCCAUCUAUCGAAACCGCAUGUACAACCCAAAUUCGAAAUAUGAGUUAGGUGUGCAUCUUGAGGACAGCUCAAAGGUGAUCAAUGCGACCUACAAUUAUUGGAGCACACCUGGUAGGGACGAAGGUGAACGACACGCGAGACAGGUUUACGGCAGAAUAUUCGAUCGAAAAGAUCGUUACAACCUUGCUAGAGUCGAGUUUCUUCAAUACUUAACAGCUCCGUACGAUCUUAACACGAGAGACCACGUGUCAUUAAGGUUUGAUCGAAAGCGUGUGAUGACGUUCGACACACAAGGAAACACACACGAAAUCGGUGGGGAGAUCGCUGGAGAUUUCCAGAUCGGACCGGGAGACUAUACAGUUCGAAGGGAUAUCUACGUACGGAGCAACGCCAAACUCACAAUCCACCCUCAAACAAAGCUCUACUUCGAGCAGUCCGUUGGCUUGAUGGUUCAGGGAGAGCUUCGUGCAGUGGGCUCUAGCUUUGAGAAAAUUCAUUUCACAGCGUUUACUGACCCUUCAGCGCAUGAGAUUCCACCAAAUGAAGACUUCCCACUUGGCUCACCGGUGAUUCUUUCACAAGGGACUUAUGGACGCGUUGAGGUGGUGGUUAAUGGUCGUAGAGGCGGAAUUUGCAAUCACGGUUUCGGGGAACGUGAAGCUGCUGUUGUGUGUCAUCAGCUAGGCUAUAUAAUGGCAGAUCGCGGGUGGCAACUCGAAGAAAUAGAUAUGCCAGCGACAGCUAUACCCGCUGUACUCUCCCAUGUCCAUUGUCGUGAAGAGGAUCGUGACAUAUUUGCCUGUCGUGGCCGUGUGCUUGAGGAUGUGUACGAGUCAAAUGCUUGUACCCAGCUAGUUGGUAUCCGAUGUUUCAAAAGUUCGUGGUCAGGUAUCCGCCUGGGCCCAGCAGCCAAGAGAUCGGCAAUUGAGUUUGCUGAGAUAUCUACAGCUGGCCAGCUUGACUACUCUACACAUGCGUUCAAGCCAGCGCUUCAAAUCGACAUGAACAGUCAUGACAUCAAGAACGUUCGGGUUGACAAUAACAUGGCCUCGGGAAUUGGAAUAACGUGGAAUAAUAUUUUCGCUCAAAAGGAAAACCCCUCUAUUCAGUCGUGCACUAUCGAGGGCAAUAACCGUCAUGGCAUUGAGACGCGUGGUCAGGGGUUGGACAUUUAUAAGAACGUUAUCCAGAACAAUGAAGGCGCUGGCGUCUUCUACAAUCCUGUCCUAACUCGCGAAGAGCACCUUGAGAUGCGACAAUGGAUCCCAUCGUCAUUGAGCGAAGUCCUACCACCAGCCGAUCGCUCGCAACCAGUGUCGAUUUCCUUAGAACCUGAUCAGCCCAAGUUCCUUGUGCUCGGGACAACUCAACCUGGAGUGGACUUUGAGUUCGAAAUUAAAUGUAGAGACAGCAUGUCCGUUGGACUCCUCGUUAUUAGCCCCUUCCAACACGAGUCUACAGAGAACCUCAGCAUCACGAAAGGACGCAGGGGGUCAAAUCGUGGUGACCCUAUGGAGACAUGGGAUCUCCGACGAAACCUAACAUCAUUUCCCCUUCGCGAAGCGGGCUAUGUGGUCAGCGCCAAAUACGAGAGUGGAGCCAGACCCAUUGGCGGAGCAGUUAUCUAUCUUCAAGCGUCUUCUCCUCUAGGCGUGUCUAAGAAGCGUGAAGAUAUUUUUGUCCCUGCGCGGCCUGCGGGCAGACAAAAACAGUUCCGAAAGCAACAACAGAAAUCUCUAUCUGUUAGGGCCAACUUGAACGCACAUUGGAGCUCUAAGAGAGAGUCACCGAUCGCUCCCACGGGACACUUGAACUCGAUUCCUCAGUCCCUGGGAUACAAUCAAUCUUAUCGUGCAGGUACUACUACGUGGCGUGGUUGGCUUGAGUAUGUUCCGUCCAUUCGGCUGUUGUCAAACACGCUUGUCAAUAACCUUCACGCAUUCUGGAGUGCACAUUUCAAUCGCGACCAGGGUAUCGACGGAGAGUUCUACAAUCGAUAUUCAAACGAGAGCAUCUACUUUUCGAAUAACCUCGUGCGCGAAUCAAGGAAACAAGCGAUAUACGUAUCGACCCCACACUGGGACCCCCUCAGGCACCAGCUGGCAGAGAUAAAUUACACCCUUGUAGACAAUCACCUAACUAAAAAUCUAGGUGGAAUCAUAUCGCAAUAUUCAAGGGAUAUUCGGUCCUCGAACAAUCUCUACCACUGGACCCUGGUUAACUGUACGCUGGCUGAUAAUCAGGGCGGCGUACUUAUCCGUUUACCGUACGUGCUUCACUAUAAUGAGAACUUCACCCACUCCGUCGUUUUCGAUGGAAACAGCUACCGUGAUAACAGGUGUGGUAUACAGGUGGAUGGUCAUUUUGCCCGUGUAAACAUCACACGCAACCAGCUGAUGGGUAAUCAGUGCCCUAAAGGCGUUCUUACAAUAGGUGGUAUGGAAAAGGAGUUUCUAGUGGCCUACAACGUCAUUGAGAGAAACAUCGCUAGAUACGCCGUUGAGAUAUUUAUUAACAGCCAUUCUGAGCAGUUUAGUCAGGUUUCAGCGAACUUUAUAGCAAAUAUUAUUCGUGACACCGCCCCAUUCUCAUUGGGCAAAUAUGCAAUCCACACCGAUGGUGUCGUAUACCAGCCGAAAAGCUACACACUAGCGAUUAAGGGUGUUCAGCUUUUCAACGUUUCACGAAAUUUGUUUGAAAAUUCCCUCAUGGAAUUCGAAUUGGUUGCUGGAGUAAAAGCGUCAUCUCUCAGCAACGUCCUUAAUGCUCGUGAAAACUUCUGGGGAAAAACGAGCAUCGAAGAGAUUCGAUCGAGGAUUUUUGAUUUUGAUGACUGGAACAGCUACGCUAUUGCUGAUUUCGUACCCUUCUUAGGCGCGGCCGAUAUGAACGCUGUCAUGCUUCACGAGGACUUAAGCCGCGCUCCUGUAGAUGUUAGUCAUCCUCUUGGGGGAAGGCUCUACACUAACCUUACGCUAAUACAACGAACUCGCCCUUACGUAAUAAAAAGCGAUUUGACGGUGAUGCCCGGAGCUACUCUGAUUUUGAUGGACGGAGUCACUGUUGAGGUCUACCCUAGUGUGGGUAUCCUUGUACUUGGCGAUCUAAUAGUGAUGGGUCGCGAGCAGAAUCCUGUGUACUUCCAGCCAGCCCGAAACCUUCAGUCAGCUCGACCCGUGCGUAAAAGGCAAAGUAACCUUCGCGAUACGUCAGAUCUUGCCGUACGGCUUUGCGUUGACCAAACUUGCGACGACAAUCAAAGAAUUGACGGAUUUGUGGAGAUUUUCAAUAAGACUACCCUUCAAUGGGUACCCGUCUGCGACCCCCGUUUUACAGAACGGAACGCUCAAGUCGUCUGUUCAGCAAUCGGCCGUAAUCAAGUAAACGUACAACUGCAUCGUGCACCUCGUUUCGACGUCGGCAUUAACGAAAUGUCUCGAGUACGCUCUUGGACACAUCCUCUCGAAUGUACCGGUGAGGAGACCGAUCUUCGAGACUGUGAGUACCGUUUAAACGGUUAUGGCAUAAAAGACUACUCGUGCACGCAUCAAGGCGAAGACUUUGUCUAUGUCUAUUGCGGAGAGGAAAACAGACAACCCGACGAGGAAUAUUGGGGCGGGAUUCGCUUCUCUGUUCCAGACAGCCUUGCCGAAUCUCAGCGUGGGACUCAAGAUCACCUUGCGAGAUUUGCUCAAGCCUCGUCCGCAAUUCGAUUCGCCGUUAUUCGCGGUGCUGGAAUUCUUCAUAACGAGAAGGCAGCUGCAGUUCAAGUUGUACAGCGACGAGUAGCUCUAGAAUUAUGCAAUAUUACUCAAAAUGCUCAUGUCGGCUUAGAAGUCGUAGCGUCUCCAGGAUUUCAGUUUGUACAUGGAGUGAAUUUCACGGACAAUCUUGGCUCUGGACUAAAUGUACUUACUUUGCAUGGUCAGACUAAUACGCGAGAUUCAAACUUCGUACCCUUAAAGAUUAUAGACAUACCUUACAAUCUAUUUGGCUUAGUUGACAUUUGCGACAGUAAUAAGGAGUUCGUCCUAAAGGGCCGUAUUCUCGUAUACUUCAAAUACGACUCUGCAGCGGUGGAUUGUAUCAAGAUCUUCAAAACGGAUGUCGAGUCGAUAGGUUUUCGCCUGCUUCAGUUUAAUUUGUUUAAUGCCACUAACUAUUCUCCAAAUCCGGAUAACAUCAAAUUGUAUGACGGUAACAUUUUCAACUACACUUCACCUGUCCUGGGAAUCCUUUUACCGAACGAUGAUCAACGAGCUUUUUACGAGACCCGACUUGGUAGCACACUGAGCGUCCACCUCCAUGCCACUGGGGGUAGUGAACAAAAUGGCUUUAUUGCCGAGGUUCUUCCACUGCCCGCUAGGCCAUUAGCAGGCCGCGACAUCAAGCAUAACGUGACCGCUUGCCAUUUCUUUAACAAUGAAGGGGGAGCUAUUGCUUAUCGUUCUGCCGGAGAGAUUACUCCUAUCAUUGGUAUUCGCUAUAACCGUGUCGAGCGUAACGGUUUGCAACUGUUCGGAAACUUAAGCUCGGUUCCAGCAGCGAUAUUUCUUGAUGUGCAGAAUGUUCUUCACCUUGACGUGAUCGGUAACACGAUUCUGGAAAACCAGGGAGGCUUAUACGCCAAAGUAGACUCGGAUGACUCAGUGUCAGCGGUAAAAGCUCUUAUUCGUAAUAAUCUCUUCUAUAGGAAUGAACAUCGUGAAACACUAGCUUUCGUGGGUGGUAAAGCAGGUUCACUUCAGCAUGUUCACGUUUUUAAGAACUACGUGUCGAAGAAUCACGCUGAUCACCACGAUAAUAUCCUGUUCCAUCGGGUGUCAAUGAAUUUCUCUGAAAACCUCGUUGUAGGAAACCGGGGUGCUCAUCAAAUUGCCGUUUAUGGGUUUCGAAAACAGCUCUCCAGUGACCAGCUUCUAUAUAUGAACUACAUCUGGGAUAAUGAGGCCACCCUGCCAGAAGAAAAGGCCACGAUAUUAGCUGUGUCACCGGGGCAAAUAUAUCGUUAUAACUACCUCUACAAUCGUAACAACUACUUCGAGCUCGUUACUGGCAACAGAUCGCUGAGCAUUGACCAAGAAAGCCGAGACUAUAUCUACCAAAAUCAACCAAUAUACAAUGUCCGCCGUGAUCCAAUCUUCGUGGAAGCGUCUUUUAACUGGUGGGGUUUCAACGAAGUCGUUCCUGUUUCCGGAAGAAUUAAGGACUCACUGGAUGAGGCAGAUUUGCUGAAAGUGCAUUUUGAAACAUUGCUGGAUUCUAAUCAAACUCUCAUCGAUGGCCACUGCGUUGGUGGAUGGAAAAAUAUUGGAACCACAUGUUUCCUCUUUGUUACGGCUCUGAUGAACUAUUAUGAAGCGAAGCGAUUCUGCCAAUCGGACGCUGCAUCUCUGCCGUAUCUAAAAGGUCGAUAUGAAAUCAUCGAAAACUACAUUCUUCAAACGCAAGAAGACUACGAUCCUGACUAUGACCGAGUAUGGGUUCAGAGCAUUGAUGUUCCUUUGGACGAGUGCCCCGUUCUAUACAAAAGAACCAUCGUCUCACAUGACUGCCAAGAAAGGUUACCCAUCCUAUGCGAAAGAACUCAGGAAAUAUUUGUUUCGCUGGGAGACCAGUGGUAUGUGGACCCGCUGUCUAUUGGAGCUUUAUCCGUAUUGGUCUUGUUGAUUGUAUGCAUUGGGCUGUUCUCGAUGUUUUGGUGCUGUAAAAGCCAUGAACGACAUCUUGAGAAAAUGGAACGUCGCAAUUCAAUCCGAGCCUCAAUCAGAUCGAAUAAAGGAUUCGAUUAUCAGGACUACAAAGCCCGCAUAGGCGCAAAGUCGCCAGUAUAUUCACAAGGUUCAUUAGACUCUGUGACAAAGUUGCCCUUCAGCGCUAGCAGAUCACAACAGACUCUGGAUUAUUCGGAUCCUGAUGAGCUCGACGAUCGUUUUGCACAUGACCCAGCUCUAGAAAACGCUAAUAUAGAUGUGCUCGUCAAACCUACAUUUGACAUGACCUACGAAAAUCAAGGCUAUCACGACCAAUCACGUGAUAGUCGCGAUUGGUCUCAAGGGACAGGCUCCACGCUCGACAUGAAGAGAGAAAUUGACGCUGAGAGGCCGCGAACGGGUGAACGUCAGCGAAUCCGCGACUUGAAUUCGUUUAAUUCAGCAACGUCUGCCCAACGCGACAACAACAUACCCGCUUAUGAACUGAAGGCCACCUCUUUGCACAAACCUAUAGCUAAUGGCGGCUUGCAAGCUGGUGUCUACGACUCGACGCAAAAGCUUCCUCCGGCGCCACCAACUCCGCCCAUCGAGGAAAUAAGUACCCUACCCCUGCAUGGUGCAACUUGUCUACAUCCAACGCCAUCUCGUACGGCACCACCUCGACCUACUGCUCGUCCUCCUCAGCCACCAGCGCCACCCUAUGAAAAUGCUCCCGCUGCCGCACUCAAUGGAGGACAUACGUCUCAUAUUCGCUUCAGGCAAGCACCCUUUGCUCCUGAAGGACAUCUCUACCAGCAGCCAUCGCGACCUGAUCAGCCGAUACCGCAGGACACGGGUGUUCCCGUUCGAGAUCCAGGCCAUCAACAGCUGUCUCGAAGUCUGGAGCCGCUCCGGGAUGAGUCUGAUGCGCCUGCGGGAGGACGACUACCUUCAAGAAGCUUGAAUGCCUCGUCUGGUUCGCUUAAACCUGCUCCGCUGGAGACUGCCAUGUAAACUCUUGAGACACACCGUUACCUAUGGGCAAAAAAGUGUUUGUUUUUAGUGCAAUUAGGGUUUUGCGAAUUCAAGGAACAUAUUAGACAAAUCAUUGUCUAGCUAAAUUACAUCGUUCUUGCAACUAUAUCAGAAUAGUUCGAUAAAUAAGUUUUCAUAUCAUCCAAAUUAUUCCAACAUAUCCUGUCGUAAUUUAAAACUUCAUUGCCUGCAUGACUUGCAUAAAACUGAUGUGUAGACUAACUUUUUUUCAUCUAAUUUAGACAACUAAUUUAAAGUGUCCCUCGACGCUUAUUGUUGCCAGCCGGUGCCAAAUGAAUACUAUAAAUAUAUUCUAGUGCCUUUUAUUUCAAAUUCAGGCGAACAUAAACCAGGCCUACGUUUCCAUCACAAGGAAUGUAAAUAAUAUAAAUAUAAGUAAUAGAGGACUCCUUUUUUCUGCAUAGUUUUCAAUUAUAUUUAUACAAAUUGCUAUUUAUAUUAUAUAUUGCCGAUCAGAUGGUAGUUUGUUCUCAGAAACUUGAAAAAGGACCAACGAACACAUACUGUAAUUAUAUAAUUAUAUAUAUAUUAAAAAAAAUGGACAUUGUUAUUGACCUGUCAAACUAAGCGAUAUACGGGGCUAGUUAUCCAUGCUGGACUUCAUUUGAGUGACUCAGCUAUUGUUGUUCCUUUGUUUUAAAGAGACAGAAUUAAUUCAUAUUGAAUAAACAAAGCAUAGGGCUGUGUCUCUAGCCGUUGACGCCUCCUUCCCACUCAAAUAAAAUGACUAGUCACAGACUGGACGGGAGGGGAGGAGGGGGGGGGGGGUAGCGUGCGAGAGACAAGCCAGAAAGUGUCACAGUUUUUUAAACUAAAAUUGUAUAUUCUAUUUACAUGCUUGUUUUUAUCACAACCACGAUACUAAUACCACUGCUCCCGUUUUCUUAUAAAUGUUGAAAGGUAACUUUAGCGUAGUGCCACCUUAUCAUAGGAAAUUCGAUAAAGCGCUUAAAAAAUAAUAAGCAACGCAACUAUCAUUUCACAGCUUAGUAUACGAAAAUCAUCGCGGCACUGCUAACAUAUAUAAAAUUAAAUGAUUUUGUUCGUUUGCCUCAGUUUUUUCUAGAACACGAUAAGUAUGCAACAAGGCACUACUAGAAAGUAUAUUUUAGAUAGAAAUUACACACUGUGUUUGUAUAUCUGUACAUUGACUAGCUGCGCAAAUCCGCGU